CUCGUAUAGCCAGUGGUGCAAGCAUACAACAAGAAAUAUGCAUUAAGUUUCGCUAAUAGAAUAGUUAAUUACUUAGUUAUUUUGUAAAUUUUUGUGCAAUAAAUUUUAGCCAAAAAUCAAGCUGACAAGCGUUCAGCUAUUAAGUUAUUGUUGCUCCGGUGGCAAGCGCGCGCUCUUCUCCCACAAAAUAAAGCAGAAAAGUGUCGUGUCGGUGUGUUAACGGUAUAACUAUAACGGCAUACAGAUGUACAUACAUAUGCAUGUAUAUAUGUAAAACGCAUACAUAAAAUCGAUUUUGCAAAUUGUUGAACGUCUUGCGCAAAAGCCAUGGUUGGAUUAUUGAAUCCAAUGAAAUAUGGCGAUCAUUUCUACGAAUUAUAUACGAGCAAUACACGCAGAAAACUGCAAAAUGAGCGCAAGGCUCUCACGAAGCGCAAGAGCCGCAAGGAGAAGUCGGCUGCGGCCCUGGCAGCAGCUGCCGCCGCCGCUGUGCUGGAUAUCAAUGGCGGUGGCGGUGGAGGCGGCGCUGGGGCUGGUGGUGGUAUUGUAAACCCAUUGGAUCCACCGUUGGUUAAGGAUCAGCUGCUGUUUAUACCGGCAUUUCCCGUAGCGCAAAUUGAGCUCGAUCCGAAUGCAUCGAAAUUUGCGGUAUUUUCGGCCAUUCGCUCCACGGUUCUGGAGGCAGAGACACGCUUUGCGCUCUUUCACGAGGGCAAUGGACAUGGUGGCAAUAGCUCCGGAUCGGCGCUUCGAAAAUGGAGCGGCAAUAUGGGCUCCUCGUGCUGUCUGGUCUGCGCCAGCAGCUGCAUGGUCAGCAAUCUGGUCGAAUGCUCCUGCCAUGCGCAGCAUGCCGUGGGCGGCGGCGGCGGUGCCGGUGCAGCUGGUGCCGCUGGCGGUGCAGCAUCUGCUGCUGGUGCUGCCGGACAAGCAGACAAACGGACAGCAAACAGCGCCAAUAGCGAUGCCGACUCGGAUGCAGAGGAGCCGGAGGAGCGCGAACCGGUCUAUGCCACAGUUCCGCUCAUUGUCGGUGCCGGACUGCGCAGUCUCUUCGAACUAAUUGCGGACGCACGUCAUAUCCAGCCGCUGCUGUGCACCAAGGCGCUCAAGGCUCUGCUCGAUGUCAUCCAGGGCCAGCAGCCGGAAUCGUUUAAGCUCGAACCGGAGGAUCUUAUCAAUCCGCUCUACGACCUGCUGCUAGAUCUGGCCACCAUGCCGGCGGCGCUCACAUCCAGCACCGGCGCCGAGGCCAACUGGUCGGCGAUGGCAUGUGCCGCCCUGCUCGGCCUGUGCAUUGCACGCGGCGACACGGGCAAAAUGCUUAAGGCGAUUGCCGCCAUGCUGAUGUCGCCCAGGCAGCUCUCAGCACAGAUUAUCCAGCUACCCGCCGUGCUGGCUGCACUGCAGCAUACGGUUGUCAGUGCGGCGCUCAAUAAGCCAACGCGUCCCGACUUCCAUAGUCAUGGAGUGCCGCACAAUUCCCUGGUUGAUGAGUUCGCCUUGAAGUUGCCCUCGCUGACGGUUCCACAGCAGCACACGGCGCCAGCCAUGGCCUGCGAUGGCGUCUUUGUUUAUGUCCUUUAUGGCGGUGCAUUGUUAAAGAUUGGCACCGGCUUCGGUGGCUCCUACAAGGGGCACAUCUAUGCACAGAACGACGAGUUCUGUCGCGAACGCAACGCCUGGCUGGGCUACAGCGGCGGUCAAUUAUAUUUUCGGCGCAAUUGCAAACGCAGCGCCGAUCAGCUGCAGCUGGUCGGCAUGGACACGCUGGCGGUCAAGUCAAUGAAUCCACUCAAUAUGCUCUCGAUGCGCGAGGGCCUCAACUAUGUGCUCUUCACGGACGACGAUUCAUUGCAUGCCAUUUGUAGCAAUCGCGAUGACACGCUGGUGGUUAAGAAGCUUAACCUUUAUCACAAUAGCUACAGCAGCGAGCCGCCGCCGUUCGAGCUGCCGCUGCAGCUGGCGCGCAAAAAGUUCCGUACGCUGGGCUAUGCGGCAUUCGAGGACGAGCUGCUCAAUCAACAGCAGAUCCAGCGCAUACAGUCGGCGCACAAUAGCUUUGAGCCAAAGUUGCCGGCGCCGUGUCGCGAUGACGAUGUGCUGGGCAUGGCCUGCGGCAAGGAGUUCGGAUUGGUACGUGCCAGCAAUGGGCGUGUCUACUAUUAUGGCAAGUCGGCGGCGCUGGGUCUGAAAUGUGUGGGUCGCACGCCCACACUGAAGCUGACGGAACUGAUUGUCUCGAAGGCGGCGCACAUUGUGCAUGUGGCCGUGGGACACGAUGGCAUACAUGCGCUGCUCGUGAACGAUGACGGCACCGUCUAUUUUGCGGGUACGGCGCGGCGUGGCGAGGAUGGCGACAGCUCCAAGAAUCGACGCCAGCCAAAGGCGGUGAAGCCCAAGAAGAUGACCAAAAUCGAUGGCCAUGUGGUGGUGCAUGCCGCAUGCAACAAUGGCACCUCCGCCUUUGUGACCAAAACGGGCAAACUGAUCAUGUAUGGCAAGGAUACGGCACACUGCGAUUCCAUGGGCUUUGUCACCGAGCUGCUCGAUCAGCAUGUGACCAAAGUGGCGCUGGGCAAGGCACACUGUGUCGCAUUAAGCGCCAAGGGGCAGGUCUUCACCUUUGGCCUGAACAACAAGGGUCAGUGUGGGCGUGUCUUCAACAAAAUGAUGCCCGUCCGUGAUGUGCCCAGCUCUUCGGCGGCCUACGCCCUGCUCGGCCUGCACUCCGACAAGCUGCGCCACAAACUGGACUUCUCAACGCUCUGCGACUACGAUGAUCAUAAUUUGGUUCAGGGCCAGUGCCGUGUCUGUGUCAUGUGCCGCGAAUGCACCGGCUACAAUGUCAGCUGCGUGUCUGCGCUGAAUGUGCCGCUGGAACAGCGUCUGGCGGGCAGCAUUUGUCCCUGCGGCCAUGGCGAUGCUGGCUGUGCCAAGUGCGGCCUGUGCGCCGCCUGCGUUGCGCUGCAGGAGAGCGAGAUUGUUGCAGCCGAUGCGAAGGCGGAACUGAAGCCGCUGCCCGGUGAACUGCAGCGUCAGCAGCGCUCCAAGACGCUGAUCAUGCGGCGCAAGGAAAAGAAACCCUCGGAGCUGGAAACUGGCGCCGCUGGUUGCACGGGCGGCGGCGGUACACCCACCGAUCUGGAGAAGGAUCCGCCGCGUGUGGCGCCGCUGGCACCGCAAGUGCUGCAGCUACCAAGUGGCUCGCCGGUGGUGCAAGUGGCCUGCGGCCUACACCACACCGUGGUGCUCACCCUGGCCGGCGAGGUCUUCACGUUUGGCAGCAAUCAAUACGGCCAGCUGGGCAGCGGAGAUCUGCAGGCGGUCACCGGUCCGAUACGCGUACAGGUGCAGGGCGCCAUUAGCCAGGUGGCUGCUGGCAGCAAUCACACGGUGCUGCUCACGCACAAGGGCAUUGUCUACACAUUCGGCAACUAUCAGAAGGGUCAGCUGGGUCGCUUGCCCAGCGAAUAUGGCCAGAAGACGGUGCCCAACAGCGCUAUUGCCCAGCAGCAGCUGCUGCAGCAACAACAGCAGCAACAGCAGGAGGAGGAAGCUGCCACACAGGAGGCCGCCUGUGUGCUGCCCGGUGGCUCAAAGGAGACAAUUCUUAUACCGCCCAAUACGGCUGCUCUCAUAGCGCAGCGUCAGAAGUUUCUAUGGAACUGUGCGCCCGGUGCCGUCUUCGGCCUGGGCCCCAGCUAUGGCAAAAAGGUAACCUGGAUCGGUGCCAAUGGCGACCAGACGUUCAUCAAGAUUGACGAGUCGCUGAUCACCGCUCAAAUGCUGCCCAAGAUGCAUGUGGUGGCCAACAAAAAGACCAUAAUACUCAUACCAAGCAUACCGCUGUCAUUUAACACGCUCUCCAUAAACCGAAGCGAUGGCAGCUGCACACCGCAUUAUCACGGCCAAACGAACUUUGCGCAGCUGCUGCAGGCGCAGCAGCCACUUGGUCAGCCGGAGAUCAAUCGGAAUGUGGACGUGGCGACGCCUUUGGUCGCCGAAUUGCCGCUGGCCAGCAGCACCACGGCCGGUGUGCCCAUCAAUGAGCAAAUGUCGCGCAGCAUGCACGAGGCGCGCAAUCACAUCUUCGAGGAGCAACAGCAUAUGGAGACGGCUCAGGCCACAUCGCUGGCGGCCUCGCCACGGCUGCAGCGACGCGUACGACCGCGGCCAGAGGCAGCCGCUUGCCCGGCAUCUCCCGAACAGCAACAGCAGGCGCUGCCGCCGCAAAUCUCCUUUGCCAUGGAUCCCAGCUACAAUGUUCUCUGGGUAUUCGAUGGCGGCGCCCGCAAGCUGCGCUGCCACAAUGUGGUGGCCAGCGAAAUAGCCGAAUGUGAUGUGAACGCGGGCAACUAUCGGGCGCUGCUGUCGCCGGAAUUGUCGCUGCCGUGCAAGGCGGAGGCGCGCGUGUCCCGCUCGCAGGCAUCGCUCAAUUUGCUGGCCUGCCUGGAUAUACUGACAUCGGCACAGGACAAUAUACCCGGCUGCUUUGAGCAGGCGCUGCCACAGCAGCAGCAACAAACGGCCGAGGAGCAGAGCGGCGAAUACCAGGUGGUGAAUCGUUUCGACAACUUUGGCGGCGGCUGGGGCUAUUCGGGGCACAGUGUGGAGGCGGUGCGCUUUUCGGCGGACACGGACAUUGUGCUAUGCGGCUUCGGCAUGUUUGGCGGACGCGGCGAAUACAGUUGCAAGCUGAAGCUCUACGAUCUGGGCGCCGACGGCGGUGGCUACGAAAAGGAGGGUGUGCUCAUUAGCGAAACCAAGGAGGUGCCAUACGAGUGCGCCGCACGCAGCAAAUAUCACAUUUUGCUGCCGAAGCCGGUGAGCGCAGCUGCGGGUCGCUGGUAUUUGGUUUGGGCACGCAUCGCGGGCCCAUCCUCCGAUUGCGGUUCGUGCGGCCAGGCAUCGGUGACCACCGAGGAUCAGGUGGUCUUCUCGUUCAAGUCCAGCAAGAAGGCAAACAAUGGCACCGAUGUCAACUCCGGCCAAAUACCCGCCAUAUUGUAUCGCCUGGUUACCCAGGACUGCAAGCAGCCACCGUUGCCGCUCGAUGCGGAUCCCGUGCAGCGCAUAUCGCGCGCCUUUGCCAACAGCGUCAGCCGCGAGUGCUUCGAGAGUUUGGUAGUUCUGCUCAGCUGGUCCUGGGACUGCUUCAAGACACAGCUGCGUGAGCAACGCGACCGCACAAGGCCGCUGCAGUUGCAGCAAACGCUUCAGUAUCUGGGCUAUGUCAAUAAGUCCUGUCUGCGCCUGCUGCGCAAAUACACCAAUGAGAUAUAUCCACAGCGUGCAACAACAGCAACAACAAUAACAACAAUAACAGCAGCGACAACAACAGCUGCGUCUGGUAGCAACACAUCUGCGAGCGGUUCUGCUGCUGCUAUCGCUGCCCUUUCCAAGCUCCAACAAGCCAAGACAGUUAAUAAAGGUAUGUUCCAUCAGUUUGUUGGCUCUCCAACCGUUUCUUAUACUUUCUUUCCUUUUCCAGACAAGCCACCAAGUCGUGCGCUCAGCAAUGCAGCCACCGCGCAGACCGGCGCAAUGUUCGCCAUGGGCACGGGCACGCCGGCCACGCGCAAAACCAAUCUGGAGAACAUUCAGCUGGCCGAGUGUAUUGGCAAUGUGCGCGCCCUGCUCAUUAGUAUCUUUUGCGACGACAUCUUUAAGGACAUCGCCACCGAUGAAGGCUAUGCCCUGGUACUGGAAAUCCUAGACGAAUGCCAUUUGAGCUUUGUGGCCUGCUUCGAUGCAUUCUAUCCAACAUCCUCGCUCAAAUGGAACUGCCUGUGCGAUUUGCUGGCCCAAAUGGAUCGCGGUGCGCUGCAUUCCCGACUGCUGAGCGCCAUUCUGGCCGGCCUCUGCUCGCCGACAGUGAAGCUGCGUGCCACAUUCUCGCUGCUGAAUGCGGCUGGUGGCAAUGAGCGUCAGUCGAUAAUCAGUCCCAGCGAUAAUUCGGGCCUGCCCAUGCUAUCUUCAACGGAGGCCCAUCAGUAUCCCAUAUUGGUCGAGCAGAUGAUCUAUCGCACGCAGCAGGAGAAGAGCGACUUUUUGAGCAACUCGUGGACAUUUAAGGAUGUUCUGGUGCGCCUGCUGGAAAUCAUAGCCAGCCCAAUUAGGGCGCGCAUUGAGUCCAUCUAUAGUCGUUGCCUCGGCGGCAGCUAUGCGUUCAAGGAGUGCAUCAAUCAGGGCCUCAUUGACAACUGUUGCCAUCUGUUGGCCCGUGUCCUGGCCGAAAUUGUCUACCAGACGGCACUGGGCGAAUAUGAUAAACUAUUUUUGCCGCCACGCACACUGCACUCGACCAGUUCACGUUUCGCACGCUGCGACUUGAGUCGCACCUGGAAUACAGGCAACUUCGGACCGGAUGCGAUUGCCUUCUCGGUGGAUCGUCCAGGUAUUGCCAUCGCUGGCGCCAUGAUCUAUUCCGGCUCGGGCAGCUAUGACUAUCAGCUGGAGCUGCUGUAUGACAAUACGGUUGACCUGCAGCCGCAGCACAAAUGGGAGACGUUGGAAUCGAUAUCGGGCAGCUAUGAUCAGGAGGCGGUGCACAAUGAUCUGGCCGAAAUCAAAUUUGAGCAUCCGGUGCACAUCAAGGAGCAUGCACGCUAUGCGUUACGCCUAUGCUCCCAGGGUGCACGCACCUGUUCCGGUGAUGCGGGCAUGCCCACAGUGCGCGGCCCGUGCGGCGCCAAUUUUCAUUUCUAUGCCUGCGAUCUGAGCUUCAAUGGCACCACGCCCGCGCGCGGCCAACUGCCCAGCAUACUCUACUACAGCACGCCCAUCAAGCAGCAGCAGCAGCAGCAACAACAGCAGCAACAGCAGCACCAUCACCAGCAGCAGCAGCAGCAGCAGCAGCAACAGCAGCAGCAGCAGCAGCAGCAACAGCAGCAACAGCAGCAGCUGCAGCAGCAGUUGCUGCAGCAGGACGCGGCAUCGUCUGGUGGCGCCGGCUGCUCAGCGGAUGCGGCACAUGGCAGCGCUGUGGCCAGCAACGAGAUAUCCACACGGGAUACGGCGCUGCAAAUAGCCGCUGAUAUAACAAAAAAAUGCACCGAGCUGUUGAUAUUGGCGCGCAAUGCGAUGGCCGCAUCCUGUUCGCCGUCAGACAACUCAUCAUCGAAUCAUACACAGACCAUCGAUUCGGAGCACAAUAUAACGCCCAUUGAGGAGCAUAUGGACAUUAAUUGGGCCAACAAUUCACGCACCGCAGCGCUGCCCGUUGAUCCGCAGCUGUCGACAACGGCCAGGGAUUUGGGUAAACGUAUCGAGUCCUUCUCCAAGGGCAUCAUGGAGACACUUAAAUUUGACAAACGCUCAACGAAUCCAUUCGAAAUGGAAAUCGAAAUUGGCGCCACGGAAAUUGGUGUUGAGGAGACGGCCGAAAUGAAUUUCUCCAAUGUCCAAUUGGCCGCCAAGCUCAAUGGCAAUGAGCGUGCCGAGUACGAGCUGGCGGCAGAGGAGCCCGAGAAGCAACAGCUGCAGCUGCAGCAGCAGCAGCAGCAACAGCAGCAACAGUUGCCGUCACAGCAACAGCAGCAACAAUUGCCGCCGCAGCCGCAGCAGCAUUCAUCACAGCAACUGUUGCAUUCCGACUCGGAGGAGGCACAAAUUGUUGGCGGCAGCGGCGGCGGCGGUGUUGCCGCUUUGCAGCUGCUGGAGGUCUUCAAUUUGGCCGCCUCGAAUAUGUUUCAUACGCUGUUGCCGCUGGUCUAUGCGCACAUCGCCAACUUGGCCUGCAGCGAUCCCAAGAGUUCGGUGCAGAUACUCGGCCUCAUCAAGGAGAUAUUACCGCACAUUGCAGCGCUCAAUCAGCUGCAUGUCUCCAAGGAGCAGCGCACAGAGCAGCCGCCGCUGCUGCGACCCGAACCCACAACGACCGCCAGCAGCAACAGCAGCACCACCACCACCAGCAAUCACUAUUGCAUUGUGGAGAGCGAACAUCCGUAUCGUAGCGCCAGCAUCAGUUGCUAUCGUGUCGAGUUUCCGCCAUGUGUCCAAUGGCUAACAAUUGAGUUUGAUGCACAAUGUGGCACCGCACAGCUUGAGGAUUAUUUGCUGCUAUCGAUACCCAUGCGUCCGGCGGCUGCAACACAGCCCUGCCAGGCGACGACAACGACGCCAGUAGCUACUGCUGCUGCUGCUGCUGCUGGAGAGGAUUACUAUGAUAUACUCGAUAAUAAUGUGAGUGCACGACGCGCCCAUAAUGCCCAGCUACAGAUGACCAGCUGCUGUCGCACGCCCGGCACAGCGCCACUGCGUCAAGUGGAUGCAGUCGAUCACGAUUGGAUUGUGGUCAAGAAGUUUAAUACCGCCUCCAAUUGGCUGCAGAACGUUCUGAUUUUGCCCGGCAAUUGCGUUGAGUUCUCACUGGAGACGGCCUCGCUAUAUGCCCAGGAUCCGCACAACAAUCGCUAUGGCUUCAAGUGUCUGGUCGUUGGCUACGACAAUCCCACGGCGAUCAAUGCCAGCAAUUCGUGUCUGAUACGACUGGAACAGGAGCUGGCCUAUCUGGGCGGCAUGUGCAGCGCCAAUCUCAUGAAAAAGGAUCUCCAUCUGCCGGAUGACAAGGACAUGGACGACAUGAGCGGCAUUGAGGAAACAAUUAGCGCUCACCAUGCGCUGCUCUCCAAGGGCUUUGCGCUAUCCGAGCCCCAGUUAACCGUGCAUCAGGCAUUGGAAUCAUAUCUGCCCAUUGGCUCGCAGUCAAAUGAGCGUCAAUUUCUGAAGGAUUUCAUUAGCGGCGCGCCCGGCUCCUCGGGCGCUCGUCUGGCCGCCUGGCUGCAGCCGGAAUCGCGACUGGAUCCCAAUAAAUGCGAGCUGAACACGAUAACGGAGCCGCUGCGUUAUGGCUGGCCCACCCAGGUGACGGUCACGAUACGGGAUCAGUAUGGAGAUGCUGUCCUGGUGCCGGAGCUGAAGGUUGAGAUAAAGGCGAUACCGACGGGACCGGAUCGCAGCGGGGGAAUGGGCGGCAAUCAGAAGAUGCGACGCACCUCCUAUGCGGACGAGGGCGCCAAUGCGAACGGGCACAGUCUGGGCGCCCAGCUGGGCGGAAUGGCGCCGCCGCCGCGCCUCAACUAUGAGGCGACCACCAAGGAGAAGAUGUGCUUCAAGGCGAUCACAUUCAUGAAGCCCUACACGAACUAUUCGUUCGAGGAGCUGCGCUUCAGCAGCCCCAUCCAGACGCGCACCACGGAAGCGCUCAAUGCCCAGGACAUGGAGGAUGGCACCUUCAGUGUACACUGGACGCCCAAUUCGGUGGGCGGCUACUGUUUGGCGGUCACCAUCGAUGGCAUACCACUCGAGGAGGUCUAUCGCGUUGAGGUCAAGGAGGGCAUGCUGCCGCCGCCGACGCAGCGCUCCAGUGCGACGCGCCGGCCGCAGGCGCCGAGCAAGCUGCGCCGCUUUCAGGCCCAGCACAGUGCCGGGCUGCGCAUACGCUCCCAUCCGACGCUGCAGUCCGAACAGGUGGGCGUGGUGCGUCUAGGCGGCAUCAUAUCGUUCAUUGACGAAAUCGAAAACGACGACGGCAUCUGGCUGCGCCUCUCAACCGAAUCCAUACGCCAGCACUGCACCAUGGGCUGGUAUCCGACCGAGGCCUGGUGCCUGCAGUUCAAUCAGCACUUGACGCGCACCCUGCUCCAGCCCGUUACCGAUGGCACGGCCGCCAAGUCUGGCAGGUCCGCAAAGUCGGCGACAGCUGGUGCAGCUGGCGGCGAGCUGGCGGAGGCGCCGCCCAGCAGUCCCAGCGGCAGCAAUGCGCACAGCCCUAGCAGUCCCGGUCGCAGGCACAGCAAAUCCCCGACAGAGCGUAAAAUCUUUGAGCCCGCUAUCGCGUCCAGCAGCUGCUCGACGAAUCCGUUUCUGCUGCCCGCCAAGUCCAACGAGCAGCUGGACGCGGACAGCACGCUGGCGUCCGCCACGACGGAGCUGCUGCCGGCCAAUCUGGGCUCGGCGCUGGCGGGCGUUGUGGGCGUUGUGGGCGGCGGCGCCAUCAAGCUGCAGGCGCUCCAAAAGUGGUUCAAGGGCGAUCCCAGCGAGCCGCCCGCCACAGAUCCCAGCCAGCCAGCCAAUCAGUCGACCUCGGCCUCGGCGUCGGCGUCGUCCCCGCCGCUGGCCGCCGUCUCUGUGCGGGAGCUGGUCCGGGCAAUGGGCGGCCCGGAGACGCCGCCGCGCGGCAAUGGCAACUGCCGCGAACAGGAGCCGAGCUCUGCGGAUGCCGUCUGCGAUUUUGACAUAGCCAGCGUGCGGCGCAUGAACUUUACGGCCAGCCAGACGGCGGCGCUGCUGUCGACGCCGAAGCAUACGCCGCGGCGUGCCGCCCAGCCGGCCGCCAGCGAGGCGGAGCAGCAACAGCAGCUGGCACAGCUGGAGGAUGAGCUGAGCGUGCUGCAAAUAACGACGACAACAAACGCGGCCAGCGAAACGCAAAGUGAGCUGCAAAUUGGCGGCGCAGACGCCGCUGCUCCAGCGGCUUCCAAUUCGAGACGCGGCCAUGCAAUGGGCCCCAUAAAGCGUGCGAUGCCCCCAUCCUUUGCGGAGAGCAUUCGUGCGGUAUUUGCCGCCCUGCUCUGGCACGAGGGCGUCGUCCACGAUGCGAUGGCAUGUGCGAGUUUCCUUAAAUUUCAUCCCGGCCUGCCCAAGGAGGGCGCCACAGUGAUGACGCGUCGCGAUCCGAACGAUGCCCGGCUGCAGCUGUCCCGGGAACAGAAGGCCCAACAGCGCCAUUCGGUGGAGGUGGCUAAUGCCGGUCACUAUCUCAAUAUACGUCCCUCGACCCUCGAAACGCUCGCCAAGAGCGGCAACUGUUCGCUGCACAAUCGCAGCAAGCAUCGCAAAGCAGCCGCCGCCAAUGUCGCCGCCGCCGCCGCUGGAGAGGAUCAGACGAUGUCGCAGCAGCAGCAGCAGCUGCAGCCGUUGCCGGAGCUGGUGAGCGUUUUGCCGCCGGCUCUGCGCUGCUUGGUAUAUCUCUGGGAGCAGAUCUGUGCCGGCUGCGUACACAUUGUCCAAACGAAUGGGCUCGAGCAGCGCGAGCCGCGUCUCUUGUCGCCGAACGGUGCUCGGGAUGGCGAUCCGGAUGCCAAGGGCGAUGGCAAGGGCAACGGUGAUCUGGGCGGCGACAGCAAGGAUCCCAGCAAGAAGGGUAAACGCAAGAAAAAGGACGACGGCAGCUGGUGCGAAAUCUGCGAACUAUUUCUGCCCAUGCCCGUCACAUAUCAUAUGCGCAUCGCCCAUCCCGGCUGCGGCAAGUCCGCCAAGGGCAAGGGCUACAAUUCGGUGGGCAUCUUCUGCGAGGGCUGGGCCGGCAAUUGCGGCGAGGGCGGCAAAGGCGCCUCCAGCUGGUUCCUCAUGUGCGACGCCUGCCGCGACAAAUAUCUGGCGAGCAGUCGCAGCGCCAACAAUGUCAACGCCGCCGCACAGCAAGCCGCCAAUGCAGCUGCGGAAUUGAAUUUGUUUGGCGUGAAGACAACUACGCUGAUCGCCAACUCGGAGGUCUAUACCGCCAUGCGGGAGAAUGCGACAUUUUUGCUUGAGCUGUGCUCAUCCUCCGCCUCCUCCACGGGCAGCCUGCAGCCCACCGCAAUCGUUGGCAGCCAGAAGCGAUCGCCCCAGCAGCAACAGCAACAGCAGCAGCAGCAGUCGAUGGCCAUGCCGGUUGUGGUAGAGCAUCAGCAUUUGGGCAUGGGCAUGCCCGAUCUGAAUCUGAGCAGCAAGCCGAGCACAAGUCGCGCCGACUCGGCGCGCAACAGCCGAAUUGGACGGCUGAGCGGCAAAUUUACGGCAUUUCGAAAAAGUUUUGUGGGCGUGCCGCCGGCAACGCCGGACAAUGUUUGGCUGGCGCCCGACAGUUUUGCCUGCUUUGAGUGCCUCGGCACCGGCGUCCAUGAGGAUCUGCCCUACGAGAUGUUUGGCCUGGGCGCCAAUGCUAAUGAGAACGGCUACGAUCGGCCCUUGUCGGAGAUCUCGUACGAGUCGUGUGAGCCCAACAACUAUGAAUUGAUGUCCGGAUCGUUGGCAAAUCCGACCUCCACUGGCGGCACAUUGUCCAAAUUCCAUCGCAGCUACUCAAUGGGCCAGGGCUGGGCAGCUGUCGCACAGCAGCAGCAACAGCAACAGCCGCAAUUGCAUUUGCAGUUGCAGCACCAUCAACAGCUCCAGCUGCAGCAGCAGCAGCAGCAACAGCUGCAGCAGCCCUCGGUGGUCGCCUUGCCGUUGGAUGCACAACCGAAGGUUGUCUAUCGUCGGCGCAACAAUUCGACCAGCGAGGGUGAUGGCUCGCUGCUCAUCUGCUAUCCGUCGGAGCAUCUGCGUCGUCUGGUGCCGCCGAAGCUCUUGGCCAGCGUCGCCGUGCUGCCGCAUGCCCCCAAUAAUGCCAACGAUACGCAAACCAAGCCAACCCCAGCCGAGGGCAAGGAGCAGGCAACGUCGCAAUCGUCGCAACCGUCGCUGCCGCCGCCGCCUCCGGUUAGUCCGCUGCUGGAACAGAAUAGCGCACUGCUCAGUCGACCCGCGAUGGCGUUCAUCACACAGAAGCACGAACUGGAUCGUCUGCGUGGCGCAAUGCGACGCAGUCUACGGAUUGCCGCGUGCCGCAUUUAUGCGCUGCAGGCGCUCAACUGGCUGCUGCGCAGCGUUACGCAGGGUGUUUGCCUGCACGAUCUGAUGUGGUGGUUCGUCAGCUCGCUGGCUCUGGGCAGCUCUGAGCUGGUCGAUGGCAAGUAUGAGGAGGCGGAAGCGGCACUGGAGCAUCCGGUUGCCUACACACAGAUAAGCGGACGCUUCGCACACCUGAUUACCCAGUCGCUGCAUGUCCUCCUCCAAUCGGUGGCAGACCUGACGCUGCACCUGCCGCUGGGCUCGCCGCUGCAGCGUGUGGCGAUUCAGUGCUUUGGCAUACGCUUCCGGCAGGCGGAUCAUCAGUUUCUGCACAGCUCGCAUGUCUUUGGCAACAUCUCCAAGAUAUUGUCGAAAUCGGAUGAGCAAAACGACGCCAUGGCCGUUUCCACAUUGCUGGCGGCCACUGGCGAAACGCAUUGCGAUGCGGAGCAUAAUAUAGCCACCGCCAGCAAUCAGCUGGCCGCUGGCAGUGUGCCCGGCGCCAGGGUCAUCAGCUAUACCGAUCUGUCGGGUAUGUUCGAGGUGACGGUCUCCUCGCGUCCGGCCAUGGCCGAAUCCCUGACAGACAACUCAACGGAAACAUUCUGGGAGAGCGACGAGGAGGAUCGCAACAAGUGCAAAAUUAUCGAGCUAUCAAUGAACAAACUCAGCUAUGCCUGCAAGUUUGUGCUCGUCCACAUCGACAACAGCCGUGACAUUCAGAACAAGGUGCUGAAUGUGGUAUUCUAUGCUGGUCAGUCGCUGGGCGACACGAAUCUCAUCAAAACAGUGGAUGUGGACCAGAAGGCGUGCGUGUGGAUUGCGGCCAAGAUCAGCGACGAGACCUGCACGCACUUUCGACUGGAACUGCACGGUCCGGAAAAUACGCUGCGUGUGCGUCAAAUCAAGCUGCUCGGUCUGCCCAGCUGCCAGGUGGGUGGCGGCGGCGUUGCCGGUCAUGAGGAGCCGCCGGUCGAGCAGCGGGCAAAUGUGCGUUUGGCGCACGCGGCGCGCAUCCAACAGCAAAUCUGCGAGGCGGAAACGUUGCGCGUUUUCCGUCUAAUCACCGGACAGGUAUUUGGCAAGCUAAUCAGCAAUGUGAGCGAUGCGGUGACAGCAACUGGCGCAGCCUCAUCGGAUGCGGCCAACUCAAUGCUGGCGGAUUCGCUGGAUCUGCGCGAGCACAUGGUUGGCAUUCUGUUCUCGCGCAGCAAGCUGUCGCAUCUGCAGAAGCAGGUAAUUGUGCACAUUGUGCACGCCAUCAAGAAGGAGGCGCAGCGCGCCAAGGAGGACUGGGAGCUGGCCAAUUUGGCGCAUGUGCUCAAACAGCAGCCGCCUGCGCCGCCGCCGCCGCCAGUAGCAGCGGGGGGAUCAGCCGCUGUCACGUCCAGCGAGAGCAGCUCGGAGCGCAGCCGCGCACCGGACACCUAUUGCUUCGAGAUGCUCAGCAUGGUGCUGGCGCUGUCCGGCAGCGUCGUGGGUCGCUCGUAUCUGUCGCAGCAGCACGGUCUGCUGCGCGAUCUGUUGGGGCUGCUGCAUACGGGCAGCGAUCGGGUGCAGCGGCAGGUGACGGCGCUGCUGCGUCGCAUUCUGCCCGAAAUAACGCCCGAGAGCUUUGCGGAUCUGCUGGGCGUGCAGCGUUUGCCGCCCGCCGAUUAUAGCAUUGCACAUCAGAGCGCCAGCGAUUUCGACAUGAGUCGUUUGGGCUUGUUGGACAUCUUUUUGGCCGUCAUUGCCAAGUCGCUGCAGCUGCAGGUCAAGGUGAAGACCAACACAGCGAAUCCAGUUGGCGGCGUCGGAGUCGGCAUUGGCGUGGGCGUCGGCAUGCCUGCGGCCAGCGUCAAAUCGGGGCAGCUGGAGAAGACGCCCGCAUUUGUGCGGCUGUGCAGCUCCCUGGAUCUGUCCGUGCAGCUGUUGCGCUCACGUCCAACCACAGCGGAGCAGCAGCUGGCGGCGGCGGCGGUGCCGAGCACAACCAGCGAUCCGUUUCGCUUUGAUUCCGCACCUCCCAAGAAGGAGUCCAAGCGCAAUUUGAACCAGCGCUGGUUCCUCAACGGAGUCAUAUCCACCAAACAGGCGGAGAGCAUCAUUGGACUCAUACGUGAUCUGGCUAGCGGUAAGCUGAGCGAGAAGUGGUCGCAGAUCACCAAGGCGGCCAUUGCGGAGUCUGUCCUGAAUCUGACACGGCUCGAGGAGAUCUACCGCACGCCGGAGCAUUGUACAAAGACGGCCACACUCUGGCUGGCGCUGGCCAGUCUCUGUGUGCUGGAUCGUGAUCAUGUGGAGAAACUAUCGUCUGGACAAUGGUCGAAGCUCUGCGACACGCGACCCAUGUGCACCAAUCAUGACGAUGGCGAAACGGCGGCCAUCAUUCAAUGCGAAACAUGCGGUUCGCUCUGCGGCGAUUGUGAUCGCUUUCUGCAUCUCAAUCGCAAGACACGCACACAUAAGCGCACGGUUUGCAAGGAGGAGGAGGAGGCCAUACGCGUGGAACUGCACGAGUCCUGCGGCCGCACCAAGCUCUUCUGGCUGCUCGCCUUGGCGGACUCCAAGACGCUGAAGGCAAUGGUGGAAUUUCGCGAUGGCAGCCACACGAUCAUCUCGGGCCCCCAGGAGGCUGUCGGCCGGUGUCGGUUUUGCGGGCUCACCGGCAACUCGGGCCUGCUGGAGAUUGGGAACGUGUGCGCCGAUGCCCAGUGCCAGGAAUAUGCAUCCAAUUCCUGCCUCAAGACAAAGCCCUGCGGUCAUGCCUGCGGCGGCGUGGCCGGCGAACGCAAAUGCCUGCCCUGCUUGCAGCAUGUGUGCCAUGCCCGCGAGAAUGAGCUGGCCGAGGAGCUGCGCGAUCCCAAGUUGACACAGGAUGCCGACGACAUGUGCAUGAUAUGCUUCGUCGAGGCGGUCUCCUGCGCGCCAUCCAUACACCUGGAGUGCGGUCAUGUGUUUCACUUUCACUGCUGCAAGGCCGUGCUGGAGAAGCGCUGGAGCGGUCCUCGGAUUACCUUUGGCUUCUCGCUGUGCCCCAUCUGCAAGGCGGAUAUACAGCAUCCGCUGCUGGCGGACAUAUUGGAGCCAAUCAAUGGACUCAAGCAAGAUGUCAAGCGCAAGGCGCUCAUGCGCAUUAAGUACGAGGGCGUGGUCAAGGAUACGGACAACAAGGAUGUGACACAGCUGGCAAUGGAUCGUUAUGCAUAUUACGUAUGCUUCAAAUGCCAGAAGGCCUACUAUGGCGGCGAGGCGCGCUGCGAUGCGGAAAUUGGCGAAAAAUUCGAUCCCGAGGAGCUCGUCUGCGGCGGCUGUUCGGAUGUGGCACGCGCCCAAAUGUGCCCCAAACAUGGAACCGAUUUUCUCGAAUACAAAUGCCGCUACUGCUGCUCGGUGGCGGUGUUCUUUUGCUUUGGCACCACCCACUUUUGCGAUACGUGCCACGAUGACUUUCAGCGCCUGACGAACAUACCCAAGAUCAAGCUGCCCCAGUGCCCCGCCGGACCCAAGGCCAAGCAGCUGCUGGGCGACGAGUGUCCACUCCAUGUCAUCCAUCCGCCCACCGGCGAGGAGUUCGCACUCGGCUGUGGCGUUUGUCGCAAUGCCCAAACAUUUUAGCAACUCCGUGCUAAACAGCUCCAGCUGGAACUUAAACUGGAACUGGAACCGGAACUGGAUCAGUCGCCAGCGGAAAUGCCGCCGCCGCCAGAAUACGAGCGCAGAGAGGAUGACUCUUAGGCAUCUCUCAUGAAGAGAGAGGGGGAGAGAGAGCGCGAGGGAGAGCGCGGGAGCGCAAUUAGGCAUAAUAAUUAUAUACAUAUGUAUGUAAAUU